GCAGCCAGACAAGGAGGCUCCUCCCUCGUCGCAACCGCGGCUUCUAUGCUGCCGGCCUUCUUCCAUCAUCUCUCCUCUCCGAUGCGUCCCCUGGCACGUGCCAGCUUGUCCGAAUGGUCCUCUCGCCGCAUCAACGCCCUUCGAAGCGCUCCGACACGAUGAUGCUGGUGGCGGCCGCGCUCGCAUGGCUGCUGGGGUGCUCGCUGCUGCGGCCGGCGGAGGCCAUGCGCGCAGACUAUCUGGCCCAGCUGCGGCAGGAGACGGUGGACAUGUUCUAUCACGGAUAUAGCAACUACAUGGAGCAUGCGUUUCCCGAAGACGAGCUGCGUCCCAUAUCGUGCACUCCCCUGACGCGAGAUCGAGACAAUCCCGGGCGCAUCAGCCUCAACGAUGCCCUCGGCAACUACUCCCUGACUCUCAUAGACAGCCUGUCCACCCUCGCCAUCCUGGCCGGCGGCCCGCAGAACGGCUCAUACACGGGGCCGCAGGCCCUGAGCGACUUCCAGGACGGCGUGGCCGAGUUUGUGCGACACUACGGAGACGGGAGAUCGGGGCCCUCCGGCGCUGGGAUACGUGCCAGGGGCUUUGAUCUCGACAGCAAAGUCCAGGUCUUUGAGACCGUCAUCCGAGGCGUGGGCGGCCUUCUGAGCGCGCACCUGUUCGCCAUUGGGGAGCUGCCCAUUACUGGAUACGUGCCGAGGCCGGAGGGAGUCGCGGGCGAUGACCCUCUGGAGCUGGCCCCCAUCCCGUGGCCCAAUGGAUUCAAGUACGACGGCCAGCUGUUGAGGCUCGCCCUCGACCUCUCCGAGAGGCUGCUCCCCGCGUUUUACACGCCGACUGGCAUUCCGUAUCCCCGGGUCAAUCUCCGCAGCGGCAUCCCCUUUUACGUCAACUCGCCUCUCCAUCAAAACCUGGGCGAGGCAGUGGAGGAGCAGAGCGGCCGUCCUGAGAUCACCGAGACCUGCAGCGCCGGGGCGGGAAGUCUGGUGCUUGAGUUCACCGUCUUGAGCAGACUCACGGGGGACCCCAGGUUUGAACAGGCCGCCAAGCGAGCAUUCUGGGAGGUCUGGCAUCGCAGGAGUGAGAUUGGCUUGAUUGGGAACGGCAUCGACGCCGAACGGGGGCUGUGGAUUGGUCCUCACGCCGGCAUUGGCGCGGGCAUGGAUAGCUUCUUUGAAUAUGCGCUCAAGAGCCAUAUCCUGCUGUCGGGCCUCGGCAUGCCCAACGCCUCCACGUCGCGCCGGCAAAGCACGACCAGCUGGCUGGACCCAAACUCCCUGCACCCGCCGCUGCCGCCGGAGAUGCACACUUCCGACGCCUUCCUCCAGGCGUGGCAUCAAGCUCACGCCUCGGUCAAGCGGUACCUGUACACCGACCGCAGCCAUUUUCCCUAUUACUCAAACAACCACCGUGCCACGGGCCAGCCGUAUGCCAUGUGGAUCGACAGCCUAGGCGCCUUCUACCCGGGGCUUCUCGCCCUGGCCGGCGAGGUGGAAGAGGCCAUUGAGGCGAACCUUGUCUACACGGCCUUGUGGACGCGAUACUCUGCGCUGCCCGAACGCUGGUCCGUCCGCGAAGGCAAUGUCGAGGCGGGCAUCGGCUGGUGGCCGGGGAGGCCCGAGUUCAUCGAGUCCACGUACCACAUCUACCGCGCCACCCGAGACCCGUGGUAUCUGCACGUCGGCGAGAUGGUCCUCCGCGACAUUCGGCGUCGGUGCUACGCGGAGUGCGGCUGGGCCGGGCUCCAAGACGUUCAGACGGGCGAGAAGCAGGACCGCAUGGAGAGCUUCUUCUUGGGAGAAACGGCAAAGUACAUGUACCUGCUGUUCGACCCAGAUCAUCCACUCAACAACCUGGAUGCCGCCUAUGUCUUCACCACAGAGGGCCAUCCGCUCGUCAUCCCCAAGAACAAAAGGGGCAGUGGCUCCCACAGAGAGGGCGCUGCUCGCAAAGCCAAGAAGAGCAGAGACGUAGCGGUCUACACCUACUACGACGAAAGCUUCACCAACUCUUGCCCUGCCCCUCGGCCUCCUUCGGGGCAUCAUUUGGGAGGGUCGGCCACCGCGGCCAGGCCGGACUUGUUUUCCGUUUCUCGGUUUACCGAUCUGUACAGGACGCCCAACGUCCAUGGGCCCCUGGAGAAGGUGGAGAUGCGAGACAAGAAGAAGGGCCGCGUGGUCCGAUACAAGGCCACCUCGAACCACACCAUCUUCCCAUGGACUCUCCCCCCAGCCAUGCUGCCGGAGAACGGCACUUGCGUCGCUCCCCCGGAGCGCGUCAUAUCCCUGAUUGAGUUCCCGGCCAACGACCUCACCAGCGGCAUAGCGUCGCGGUUCGGCAGUCAGCUAUCGUGGCAGACGCAUCUGGGGCCGACGGUCAAUAUCCUAGAAGGACUGAGGCUCCAGCUCGAGCAGAUGUCGGACCCGGCCACGGGACAAGACAGGUGGAGGAUCACGCACAUUGGCAACACACAGCUGGGGCGCCACGAGACGGUCUUCUUCCACGCAGAGCACAUCAGGCACCUCAAGGACGAGGUGUUUUCUUGCCGCAGAAGGAGGGAUGCCGUGGAGAUUGAGCUGCUCGUCGACAGGCCAGGCGAUGGAGAAGAUGGCAUGCCGGACAGCGACGAUGUCGCACUCGACGACGCGGAAACGCUUUCUACCGACUCGCUCUUCCAAUCCCUCCUCCGCGCCGUGUCCUCCGUCUUCGAGCCCGUCUACACAGCCAUUCCCGAGUCCGACCCCAGCGAGGGCACCGCCAAGAUCUACAGCUUCGACGCCUACACGUCGACGGGCCCCGGCGCGUACCCCAUGCCGUCCAUCGCGGACACGCCCCUCCCCGGCAACCCCUUUUACAACUUCCGCAACCCGGCGUCCAACUUCCCCUGGUCGACCGUCUUCCUCGCGGGCCAGGCCUGCGACGGCCCGCUCCCCGCGUCCGCCCCGCGCGAGCACCAGGUCAUCGUCAUGCUCCGCGGCGGCUGCUCCUUCAGCCGCAAGCUGGACAACAUCCCCAGCUUCUCGCCCCACGACAGGGCGCUGCAGCUCGUUGUUGUCCUCGACGAGCCGCCGCCCGACAACAGGGGCGACCUGCCCCGGCCGCUGCUCGACACGGAGCAGACCACGCCCAAGGGCAUGAAGCGCCUGCACGGCAUCCCGAUGGUCCUCGUCCGCGCCGCGCGGGGCGACUACGAGCUUUUUGGGAAUGCCAUUGGCGUGGGCAUGAGGCGCAAGUAUCGGGUCGAGAGUCAGGGGCUCGUCGUGGAGAAUGCGGUCGUGCUGUGAAAUAUCCAGUAUGUACUAUAUUCUAUAGCAUUUUACAUAU